GCACCCCAAGAGCCUCGCGAACCGCAACCAUGAACGGCACGGAAGGCCAAGACUUCUACGUGCCCAUGUCCAACAAGACUGGGGUGGUGCGGAGCCCCUUUGAGUACCCCCAGUACUACCUGGCUGAGCCCUGGAAGUUCUCAGCACUGGCCGCCUACAUGUUCAUGCUGAUCCUGCUGGGCUUCCCCAUCAACUUCCUCACACUCUACGUCACCAUCCAGCACAAGAAGCUCCGGACACCGCUCAACUACAUCCGGCUGAACCUGGCGGUGGCCGACCUCUUCAUGGUGUUUGGUGGCUUCACCACCACCAUGUACACGUCGAUGAACGGGUACUUUGUCUUUGGAGUAACAGGCUGCUACAUUGAGGGCUUCUUCGCUACCCUGGGUGGUGAAAUUGCCCUCUGGUCCCUCGUUGUCCUGGCCAUUGAGAGAUACGUCGUGGUGUGCAAGCCCAUGAGCAACUUCCGCUUUGGGGAGAACCACGCCAUCAUGGGCGUUGCGUUCACCUGGGUCAUGGCCUUGGCGUGCGCCGCUCCCCCGCUGUUCGGCUGGUCCAGGUACAUCCCCGAAGGCAUGCAGUGCUCGUGUGGGAUUGACUACUACACCCUGAAACCAGAGGUCAACAACGAGUCUUUCGUCAUCUACAUGUUUGUGGUUCACUUCAUGAUCCCGCUGACGGUCAUAUUCUUCUGCUACGGCAACCUGGUCUGCACCGUGAAGGAGGCUGCCGCACAGCAGCAGGAGUCAGCCACCACCCAGAAGGCAGAAAAGGAGGUGACCCGCAUGGUCAUCAUCAUGGUCAUCGCCUUCCUCAUCUGCUGGGUCCCCUAUGCCAGCGUCGCCUUCUACAUCUUUACCAACCAGGGCUCGGACUUCGGGCCCAUCUUCAUGACCAUCCCGGCAUUCUUUGCGAAGAGCUCCUCCAUCUACAACCCUGUGAUCUAUAUCGUCAUGAACAAGCAGGUAAGUGGCUGCAUGAUCACUACGCUCUGCUGUGGCAAGAACCCGCUGGGCGAUGAGGACACGUCUGCCGGCAAGACAGAGACGUCCUCAGUCUCCACCAGCCAGGUGUCCCCUGCGUAG